CGUGAUUCGACGUCACAGCUGUCCCUGGCUGUUUCGUGUUGGAGGUGUCAUUAAAACAUUUCCCUCUUUUUGAAAUAUUGUUUGCUUGAAUAAACAAACAGGCAUGGAGAUCGGAACUGAAAUAAGCAAGAAAAUAAGAGCUGCUAUAAAAAGCAAGCUCCAGGAGCUCGGUGCUUAUAUUGAUGAAGAGCUUCCUGACUAUAUUAUGGUGAUGGUGGCAAACAAGAAAACCUCCCAGCAGAUGACUGAAGAUCUCUCCCUGUUCCUGGGAAACAACACAAUUAAGUUUACCACUUGGCUCCAUGGUGUUCUGGAGAAACUACGAUCGGUCGCCGGAGAGCCACCAUCUUUAAGGCAUCUGCAGUCUGACUCUGUUACCGUGUAUGGGAAGCCAUCUAUUGAUGAAAAUGGCAGAGCGGAAGACUUGAAGUUGCUGGCAGUGUCCAGCUCCUGGAGCGAUAGGAUGGAAGUUCCUGUGUCUAGUUCUGCUUACGACAGCAGGAAAGGGUUGCUGGGGAAAGGUUUCUCACGACAUACCUCGACUAUUAAGCCUCACACCGAGCCGCUCCCCUCGGAAGCCGUUAUCGAUAUCAAACCUGAGAUGGACGAUGAUCUAAUUGCGGAGGAACCUGUAGAAGUGGGUAACGGUCGCACCCGCAGUGCCGGUCGACCGACGGUUGAGAUCUACAGACCUGGUCAGAGCAAGUUUACUUCUAUGAGCUCUUUGGAGAUGUGUCGGCCCCCCGAGGGAUCCUCAAGCAUGAGGCAGCAGGACGGCAGAAGCAGCAAAGCAUCCAGAACUGGGCUGAGCAAGCAAGAAGAGAUGACCCGAAAAAGAAAAGCUCCCGUCGCAAGUUCUGUUGUUCGAGUGAACCGAGCCGAUGAUGAGGACAGCGAUGAUGCAGAAGACGACGACGACGACGCGAGUUUCGGCGGCCGCAGCCUCUCCAGUAGAGUCUCCCUUCCCUCCAAACCAGAACGAAAACCGACUCUCCCACCAGCCAAGCAAGCCAACAGGAAUCUGAUACUGAAGGCCAUCUCUGAGGCUCAGGACUCGAUCACCAAAACUACGUCCUAUCCCCCGAUUCCGCAGAGACAGACUGUUCCUGUGGCGCCUCGUACGCGGCUGGCCAGCAGCGAAGAGAUGACCGCAGCCCUCCAACUGAUGCAAAACCUGCACAGCCUGGCGCCGAGGGCGGAGGCAUACGCUGCUGCCGACCAGCCCGCCUCCAGAACGACAACAAGAUCAUUAGCUUCACGUCUUCAGCUGGACGGCAGCGGUGCAAGACAGCAGAGUGAAUAUGGUGCCGAAGCCCCUGCUGGCCGUGAGCCGAAGACCUCCGAUACGCGCUCCUUCAUAAUGAGUCGGCCGGUCAUAGAGGAAGCAUCUGCCCGAAGUCAGCAACAAGUCCAGCCCCCGGCUUUGCCCCGCACCGUCCAAGCCAGAGAGGGAGUUGACACCUCGAGUCCAAAGUUCAUCGUGACAUUAGACGGAGUACCGAGCCCGCUGGGCAACCUUACGGACGGAGACAUGGAGCUGGAUGAUAUGAGACCGCUCUCAAAGGUUACAGAGGCAGCCGGCCACGUCUACAGAGAGUCUAAAGUCAGCGUCCUGGACAGGUUGCAGGGAGUGGUCACAUCAUCAGAAGAUGGGAGGAUGGACGCGGACAUGGCAGACGAAGAUGACGUUCCGAUGAAGAAGCAGAAAGUUUUGGAGCGCUGCAAGUUCUGGCCCGUCUGCAAAAGCGGCGAUGAGUGUAUGUACCAUCACCCGACAGCACAGUGCAAGACUUUUCCAAAUUGCAAGUUUGGGGAUAAAUGCCUGUUUGUGCAUCCUAACUGUAAAUAUGACGCUCGCUGCUCAAAGCCAGACUGUCCCUUCACUCACGUCAGCCGCAGAGGCACUGUUGCUCCUCCACUCCGACCAGUCGUGCAGCAAAGUUCAAGUGGGACUGUGUGUCGCUUCUUCCCAGAAUGCAAGAAGGUGGAUUGUCCAUUUUAUCAUCCAAAGCCCUGUCGUUUUGCGACUCAGUGCAAACGAGCGGGAUGUACUUUCUACCAUCCAACUACAGCUGUGCCUCCGAGACACGCCCUGAAGUGGACAAAAGACAGAGCAGGUGACCCAUAGAGGAACGUCUCAAAAUAUUUUCUCGCAUAAACUACAACGUUUCUAGCCUUUGAGAAACUGAUUCUCCUCAACCAAACUAAUGAGAUUAAUCUCAUAUUGCACAUAUCUCUUGUUUUCACCUAAAACAGUUAUGCCUAUCUUGAUGAGUUUAAGUAACGUUGCCAUGUCUAUAAUUAUGGAGUUAAUUUUAUGUAAAUUUGCUGCAUGCACUAAAAAUAAAUGUUCUU